AUGCUAGAAAAGUUGAAAGACGAAAACUGUUCUAAAAGAACCGAGGUUUUUGAAGAGUUUAUGAAGGAUGAUCAUAGUAUUUCAGAACUUGCAUAUAAGUACGAUGGCGGUGAACAACAUUUAAAAGCAAAAAACAAAAGAAGAUGGUUCUUCGAACUGCUCUUUCCUGUUUGUGAGGAUGUCAAUAUUCGUGACAACGAAGACCUUGAAAAAGUGUUUAAUGUGAACGUUAGACUGUUCAAAUAUGCACAGGCAUCCGUUUUUGAAGAUCUGAAUUUUUUGCAAAAGUAUUGCAAAAAAGCCGAUUUACUGCGAUAUAUUCCUGAGAAAGUCUGUAAAAAAAAGUUAUUCCUCGAAAAUGUGCUCUGGCAAAUGAUAAAAGAAGCUCCAGAAGUGAUUGAAUACAUGCCUUCAGAUUUAGUUGCAGAUGAAGCAAUUGUUACAGACGGAUGUAGACACAAUCCUGACAUUUUCAAAUAUGUCAAUAUUUCUUUGAAGAAUGAUUUUGCAUUGGUGAAGAAACUAUCAGGAAUUUCUCCAAAGAUUGUAGACUAUUUAUCUAAUGAAGUGAAAUGUGGCUACACUCAGAAGCCGUAUUUCCAAAUGCCAUUUCAUCGUAAACCAAAGCUCAGUUAUUAUUUCGUUGAAGGUAAACAAAGGAGAUAUUGCUUGUAA